AUGCACAACAGGCUGCAAGGGACACAAAAACUACAGGGUGUCCAGUCGUCCACUAAUGUGGUGUAUCAGGACCACCAUGUCAGCCGCAGCAAGAGAGGCCAAGUGAUAGGAACUAGAGCAGAGUUCAGGGGAUGUACAGUGUGGCUAACAGGCUUGUCAGGAGCUGGGAAGACCACAGUGGGCUUUGCGUUAGAGGAGUAUCUGGUCUCCCACAGGCUCCCCUGCUACUCUCUGGAUGGUGAUAACAUGCGUCACGGCCUGAACAAGAACUUGGGUUUCACUGCAGCCCACCGUCAGGAGAACAUCCGCCGCGUCGCAGAGGUGGCCAAGCUGUUCGCUGACGCCGGCCUCAUCUGUAUCACCAGCUUCAUCUCCCCCUUUUCUAAGGAUCGCAAUGAUGCUCGUGAGAUCCAUGAGAAAGCUGGGUUGCCAUUUUUUGAGGUGUUUGUAAAUGCACCUCUGGAGGUGUGUGAAAAGAGAGAUGUUAAAGGGCUCUAUAAGAAAGCACGAGCUGGAGAAAUAAAAGGUAUGAUAGCCCCCGGUAUCAUUCCUAAUGGGGUGUUAGAAGAGGUUACAGAACUGAUUGUGCCAGAGAACAAACUGAAACUAGCACAAUCUGAUGCCAGUACUCUGCCAACUAUUUCUAUCACCAAGUUAGACUUACAGUGGGUGCAGGUGUUAGCUGAAGGUUGGGCGAGCCCCCUAAAGGGUUUCAUGAGAGAGAGAGAGUAUCUCCAAGUCCUUCAUUUCAACAGCCUGCUGGAAGGUGGUGCUGUCAACCUCUCUGUGCCUAUUGUCCUGCCUGUUGCCACGGAGACUAAAAAACGAUUGAUGGGCAGCAUGGCAAUGGCAUUGGUGUACCAGGGGGAGUACAUUGCCAUCCUACGCAACCCAGAGUUCUUUGAGCAUCGCAAGGAAGAGAGGUGUUCCCGCCAGUGGGGCACCGCCCACCUCAAACACCCCUACAUAAAGGUGGUGAUGGAGAGUGGUGAUUGGCUGGUGGGUGGAGACCUAGAGGUGCUGGAGCGAAUCAAAUGGAAUGAUGGCCUGGAUCAGUACCGCCUUACUCCCCGAGAGCUGAAGCAGAAAUUCAAAGAGAUGAAAGCAGAUGCUGUGUUCGCAUUUCAUCUGAGAAACCCUGUGCACAAUGGACACACCCUUUUGAUGACUCACACACGUCAGAAACUGGAGGAUCGUGGGUAUCGUAGGCCCGUGCUGCUUCUGCACCCUCUGGGUGGCUGGACUAAAGAUGAUGACGUUCCCCUGGACUGGAGGAUGAAGCAAUAUGCAGCCAUUCUGGAGGAUGGUGUCCUGGACCCCAAGUCCACCAUCAUGGCAAUCUUCCCUUCACCAAUGAUGUAUGCUGGACCUACUGAGGUGCAGUGGCAGUGCAGGGCCAUAAUGGUGGCAGGGAUUCAGUUCUACAUCGUGGGUCAUGACCCUGCUGGGAUGCCCCACCCUGAGUCGGGCCAGGACCUGUACAAGCCGAGUCAUGGCGCUAAAGUGCUCACCAUGGCGCCUGGACUCAACUCUGUGGAGAUCAUCCCUUUUAGGGUUGCCGCCUACAACAAGAGCAACGGGACUAUGGACUUCUAUGACCAGGACAGGCAUGCUGACUUUGAGUUCAUCUCAGGGACAAAGAUGCGGAUGAUAGCCUGCAGUGGAGAAAACCCUCCUGUUGGCUUCAUGCCCCCAAAGGCCUGGAAGGUCCUUACUGAGUACUACACCUCCCUGCAGAAAGAUCGGCCAUAG